AUGGAAGAACAGGAGGGCAAUAUAGGAGAGAAUAGAGCCCUUAAAGACGUUAAAGUUCCACAAAAUGCCCGUCGGGUAAAGGUAUAUGAGAUGCGGGGUGAAAAUUGGCAUGAUUGUGGUACUGGAUAUUGUACGGGGAUAAUUGAUAAAGAGACAGAUGGGUAUUUUGUGGUAAAAUCAGAGGCGGAUGAAGAACAGGUGUUAUUAAAGAGUAAAAUUAUGCGAGAGGACUUGUAUCAGAUACAGCAGAAGACGUUGAUCGUUUGGCAAGAAUUAGAUGGGACGGAUAUUGCGUUAAGCUUUCAAGAAGCAGAAGGAUGUGAUGAAAUUUGGAACUUUUUAAACGAUGUUAGAAAAGCACUUAGUCUUGCAUAUGAAGUUUUAAAACCGACGAGUACAGAAUCGUUAAAUGAUCAAGUGGAUGAAUUUUUUUCUGAUGAUGUAGUUGAACAAAAUGCAUCGAGUCCUAUACAUUUACCCGUUCCUGAACUACGUAAUCUUGCUGAAAUUGAGGCGUUAAUUUUAAAAGCGAAUCAAACAGUUUUGGGGAAAGAAAAUUUGGCAAAAUUUGUUUUGAAUGAAAAUUAUAUAAUGCAGCUCGUUUUGCUUCUGGAUGUUUGUGAGGAUUUGGAGAUUUUGAAUGACUUACAUCUAUUAUGUUCUAUUAUGAAAAAUAUAAUAUUGAUUGAUGAUGCUGCUGUUAUUGAAUACAUUUUGAGAGAUGAUAUUAUUUUGGGUGUUGUAGGUAUUCUUGAAUAUGAUCCUGAUUUUAGUAAUCAUAAGGCGAAUUAUCGCGAAUACUUGUCUGAUGCAUCGAAAUUUAAACAAGUCGUAGAUAUUAAAAAUCCUGAGAUACGAAAUAAAAUUCAUCAAACCUUUCGUUUACAAUAUUUAAAAGAUGUAGUCCUUGCUAGGAUUAUUGAUGAUUUAACAUUUUCUAUCCUUAAUACACUUAUAUUCUUUAAUCAAGUAGAUAUUAUACAACAUAUUCAACAUAAUAAUGAAUUUCUUGAAGAACUUUUUGGGCUUUUUAAAGAUGAUUCCAUUGAGCUAAGCCGUAAGCUGGAUGCCGUUGUUUUUAUUCAACAAGUUUGUAAUGUUGCGAAAACGCUUCAAAACCCUUCGCGUGUAUCGUUGUAUACAACGUUUGUAGAAAAUGGUUUAUUCGAUGUCGUUCUUUUUGCACUUUGUUCUCAACCUUUGAUAUGUAUAGCUGGAGCCGAAAUAUUGAUGGCCAUUAUCGAGCAUGAUCCUGGGUAUUUACGAUCUUUCAUUUUAAAUCAGAUUGAUAAGGAUAAUGAUAAAUCACUUUUAAACGUUUUAAUUAACUUACUUCAUGAUGAAACUGAUCUUGGCAUUAAAGCUCAAAUCUUUGAAGCUAUUAGAAUUUUGAUGGACCCUAGUUCUGUUUCUUCUAAUACAGUUUUGAAAUUAAACGAGUCUACACAAAAAUCUAAUGAUUCAGAUACUGAUAAAUUUUUACAGUUAUUUUAUGAUAAAUCUGCCAAGCUCUUAUUUAAACCUAUUUCAAAUCUAGAUUCAUCAAUAAAAGAAUUCAACUUGAUAUCAUCUGCAUUAUUGGUGCAUUUAUGUGAACUCUUAUGUUUUUUUGUUAAAGUGCACUCGUUUCGUAGCAAGUUUUUCAUUUUAUCAUCUAAUAUUUCGUGCAAGAUAGCUUUUUUAUUUACAUUUCCUCAAAAAUAUAUACGUCUUGCAUCAUUACGAUAUUUUAGGACCUGCAUUGGUCUUAAUGAUGAAUUUUAUAGUCGUCAUUUUAUUAAAAAUAAUUUAUUUAGUUAUGUUCUUACGGUUUAUAUGGAGACCAAUCGUUAUGAUAAUCUUUUAAGUUCUGCUUGUCUUGAGUUUUUUGAUGUUAUAAGAAAAGAGAAUAUGAAAAGUAUUGUUAAUCAUUUGAUUGAAAGUAAUUAUGAUAAAAUUAAAAGUUUGAAUGAUAUUCCUGUUUUUGAUCAACUUAUUAAAAAAUAUGAACAAUACCAUGAUAAAUCAUAUGAAUUGGAAAGUGUUAAAAAUGAAGAUACUAAACAUACUCCUGGUCGAUGGGCAGAAACAGAAACACUUGAUAUUGAAGAAGAGAAUUAUUUUAAUACAUCUGAUGACGAUGAUAAUGUUGAUUUAGAAAAGGGUGAAACUUCCAUAAUGAAGAAACUUGUAGAUUAUCCUGACGAUGAUAUUGAAGUAUAUGAGAAGACAGAUUUAAAUAUCUAUUAUGAUAAAAGUAUGGAUUCUUCGAUUUCUUUUGAUAAAAUAACUGAGAAACGUUAUCGAGAUGAUGAUGAUUUUGAACUAUUAACUCGUGUAAAACGAAAUUCUACCUCUGAUAUAAAGUCUACAUCUCAAUCUAGUCCAAAAAAAAUUUCUAUUUCUAUUGGAAAUUUAGGAAAGACAAAUUGUUAA